AUGUGGGGAGAAGCAGCAGCAGCAGCAAGGAGCGGCCCGCAGCAGCAGCCUUGCGCGCAGUCUGCUGCUGGGUUUGCUGCUGCUGCGGCAGCAGCGCGCAUGCGCCGGAAGCUGCUGAGUAGUGGUUGCUGCAUGACUUCAAGUGUGGGGCCCCACAGUGUGGGGACCCACAGCAGCGAAACACCGUCUACAUGCUUCUCUGGCUUCAGCAGCGACACAUGUCUCUCUCGCACGCAUCUGCCCCCUGUCUUUGAUGCUGCAGAGGGUGUCUCCUCUUCCUCGCCCCGUUUGCUGCUGCCAUCAGCAGCAAGAGAGCAGCAGCAGCAGCAGCAGCACGCUGCACUCAACAAGAAACAAAGAGCAGCAGCGCUGCAUGCAGCGAACGCAGCAGAAGCCUUCGAUGCAAAUAAAAAUAUUAAUCACAGCUGCUGCCUCACCCUUGCUGCAGGGGGCCCCGCGGACCAGCGCAGCAGCAAACAGCAGCAGCAGCAACACUACCAGCAGCAGCAGCAGCAGUACCAACAGCAGCAGCAGCAGUACCAGCAGCAGCAGCAGCAGUACCAGCAGCAGUACCAGCAGCAGCAGCAGCAGUACCAGCGGCAGCAGCAGCAGCAGCAUGAAGGCGCUGGUGCAAAGGCAUUGAUUGACGGGAGCAGCAGCAGCAGCAACAGCAGCAGCAGCAGCAGCAACGGCAGCAGCUCGACCCGCUGGCUACAGCUGCCGCUGCCGAGUGUACGUGGAGCUACAGUGUCUCCUCUUGGGCCUCUUAAGAAAGGAGACAUCCUACACUCACCUGUCUCUGUUUUUUCACAAGCAAGCACAAGAAGUGCUUGUCUCUCAUCUGCGUCGUCGCUUGGCAGCUGCAGCCAGCCGCAAACUCCUACUACGAGUUUGCUGCUCUCGGGGGCCCCCUCGCCCCACACCCGCACUCCGGAGGCAGCACCUGCACCUGCAGCAGCAGCAGCAGCAGCAGCAGCAGCAGUUAAUGCACCAUCACAUGAUGCAGCAGCUGCAGGUGGGGUUGUAAACCACCGUGAAGGCUCCAGACUUCGACGCAAAGACACCGCGAAUUAUGAGGUGUACGUACACCCCGCUACAGUCCUCAAGAAGAAGGACCCCACACUUUCAAAUGAUGCUGCUGCUGCUGCUGCUGCUGUCGACGCAGCAACAGCAGCAGCGAAAGCAGCAGCAGCAGCAGCAACAGCAGCUGCAGCAACUGCGGGUGGGGGUAAGAUUGUUGCUGCGGAUGGACCCUGUGCUGUAGGAAGGGGAGAGCAGCAGCUGCUGCUGCCCAGCAGCAGCCCCUCAACGCAAGAUAACUCUGCUGCAACUUCUUUUUUAUCUAGUCCUUCUUCUGUCUCCUCUCCAUCUCCUUUGAGGCUCCCCAUACCUGCGCGGGGCUUGCGGCGGCUGCAGCACCCGCGGCUGCAGCAGCAGGCCGCAGCAGCCCCAGCAGCAGCAGCAGCAGCAGCAGCAGCAGCAACGGGAGCAGCAGCAGCAGAGGAAGUAGAAGGUGCUUCAAGCACAAGGCCUCCGCGCUCGUUAAGGAGGCUGCAGCUGCCCAGGCUGCAGUCUCCACUGUCUCCUUCCUGCUCUUCAUUGGCUUUGCUGCAGCGUAAAGAAGAAGAAGGGGCCUCAGCUUGCUGCGCUCGAUGCAUGCAGCUAGCUGCUGCAGAGGAGCAGCAGCAAGCCUUCCUAUCGGCUCUCAGCAGCACUAACACCACAGCCUGCACAGGCUGCAGCACAUUGGAGGAGACAGUUGAGGGGGAGUCGGGAUCGAGCAGUCCCUUGAAUGAUGCGUUUGCUGCAGCAGCACAAGCAGCACAUGUUGCUGCGCAUGCAGCAGCACAAGCAGCAGCGCAUGCAGCUGUGUUAAAGCGACAAGCAGAGGAAGUGUUGCUGCUGCGCAGCAGCAGCAGCUGCAAGCAGCCUCCUUUCAGUGUAUAUCCAGAUCUCGAUAGAGACAUACACCGCGAGUAUGAUUUAUAUUGCAGGCUCCUAAGCCCAGAAAGAGAUACCUCUGCUGCAGCAGCAGCAGCAGCAGCAGCAGCAGGAGGGGGGGGAGGUAGGGCUCAACAGACACUUAAUUCUGAGCUUCAAGGAGGCAGCAGCAAAGCACCUCAAAACAAAACACAUUUUGUCUUAGGUGAAGGAAGAUACGGUAAGGUGGUGCUUGCGCGCAACAGACGCACGAGAGAAUAUGUUGCUGUUAAAGUCUUAGAUAAACGCCGAGCUCUUGCUGAUGAUGCCUGGGAUUGUAGACAAGAACUCGAAAUGCACAGGAGGCUGCCUAGACACCCGCACGUGGUGUCUGUCUUAGAUGUUUAUGAAGAUCGCAAGCGUCUGUACAUGCUGAUGGAAUUAUGUGAUAAGAAUUCCCUCGUAGACAGAGUUGUUGCAGACGGGGCUUUCACAGAAGAAAGAGCUAAAAUACUAUUCGCUCAAUUGAUUUCUGGAGUGAUGCACUGCCACAGCAACAACAUCGUUCAUAGGGAUUUAAAGCCUGAGAAUAUUUUGUUUGCUCGUGAGGGGGGUUCGAGCAGCAGCAGCAGCAAUAGCAGCAGCAGCAGCAGCAGCAGUGCAGCGGAUAUCUCCGACGAUUACUGGAAGCCUUCUUCCCUGUCUGCUGCUGAGGCUGCUGCUUACGCUCGCUCAUACCCUCAGCAAUAUAAUUCAAAGCAAACAAAUAACACUAGUCAAACUAAGGGGCCCCCCUUCACUGUGAAGAUAACAGACUUCGGCUCCGCCUGCUACGCCGCACCUGGAGAACUGAGCGGCACGGCCUGCGGAACAAUUCAUUACCUGGCGCCUGAGGUGUUGGCAGGGAAUUACUAUGAUGGUUUCCUAAGUGAUGUUUGGAGUUUGGGUGUAAUUUUGUUUAUUGUCGUCUCCGCAACUCCUCCCUUCUUCGGCGAAUCAGACGGAGAAGUCGUGCAGCGCAUCGUAGCAGGGUCAUAUUCUAUGAAGAGUUAUCACUGGAGACAUAUCUCGGAUGAAUGCAAAGACAUCAUCCGGCGUUUGCUUAUUGCAGACCCGCGAUGCAGGUAA